UCACCACUAAAUCUACCUACGUACUGGCGAUGACGAACCAGGCAGCAUGGACAAGUGCGGCCUCAGCUGCGGACAAUGACGUCUAUUUGGGGACCUGGAUUAACUGGUCCAGAGGACGCGUUAUGGGAACAACACUGACUCUGAAUCGAGUUGACGGAAGCCUACUUAUCGCUUUCACUGCCAUCUUCGUUGGUAUCGUGACUGAACGCUUUUGGCGGAUUGCUUGCAUGUUGGUCAUGCCCUCUUUUUUCUAAAUCUUAUGUCAAUGUCGGAAUCAGAGCGGAGACAACCUCUUCCGGUCAUCAACAAUCGGAGAACCUUGCUAGGACCUACGCGCGAAAACUAUUGAUUGGCGCAACAGAGUCUUUUACAGAUGCCGUUCAUCCCCUAAAGAUAGUGAUGGACUUUAUCACCAGCAGCAAGCAGUUCUACGCAACUCUUCAUCUACAAUCUCUGCUAUCUGGACUUCCACACAGCUGAUUUGGGCAUGGCAUAACGUUGCCGAGCGCUGUAUUGUUCAAGUCCUUCCCGCUUUGUUGACGGCUGUAUUUUGCCUCUGCGCCUUCACCGUCGCCGGCGGUUUCUCCUCGUCUCGACGAGGUACUGCUCAACGGUACCAACUGCGGCAUCAUUUAUUCACCAAUAUUUGACUCUGAAACUGGACCGUACUUCUCUCAGUCGGCCCACUCAGCUGCAAACUAUGCACAGCAAUGUUACUCGCCCGAUGCCCCCUCGAACUCGGCUGGCAUGUUCGAAUGCAAGCAUUUCGUCAAGGACCACCUCUUCAGUACUGUGGAUAACCAAGCUUCUUGUCCAUUUGGUGAUAAUAUUUGCCGAAGCAACAAUUCUAACAUACGACUGGAUACUGGAUAUCUCAGUCUCGCCAAUGACUUAGGCUCGAACGCCCCUCCAGACCAAGAUAUACUCCUUAGAACCGUGUUACAUUGUGCUCCACUAAAGACCCGAGGUUAUCAACAAUCGGUACAUUUGCCGAUGGAAGACUUCGUCACCUACCACUACGGGGCAUUCCCGGAUACUACAUGGAAUUACACCUACAUGAUCAAAAGCUUGGACUCGCAGUACAAAAGGGAGAGCGGAAACCCGUUCCGCGGUGAAGGAAAUGGCUUCGUUCUGGGUGCAAGAAAAGCCGGUGUGUAUAAGCGCAAGGGCUCAGAGGACAAUACCGUCAUUCGCGCUAUACCGGCUCUCUUUACUCCUGAUGCUGACACUAUCCUGGUUUUUCUCACUGGCAACGGCAUCGAAUUCUUCCAGGAGACCAAUGACCCAUGGUACCAUGCAACUGUCCCAGGCAGUAAUGUUAGCUUAUCUGGUGCCGAUGGGCCGUCCAUCACGGUGUAUCAACCAGACGAGGCUUCUUCCCCAAUGGGUUGCACUUCACAAUUUCAGUAUUGCAACACCUCUCUGUCUAUGAAUAAAUGCGGGCCUCUAGCUAGCAUCGCCGACGCAAUGACCGAGUCAGCUCCUCUCUUUGGGAUGUCAACAGCAGAGUAUGAGAGCACAUCCCAACCGAAUGGAACUAUGAUCUCCCGCUACCAGUGGUUGGUAAUGAUGAUGAACGAGGCAGCAGUGCAUGUCGCAACAAUCAUCAAUACGCUUGGACCCGAUUCCCUCGUCUCCCCCAAGUAUCUCAUCAAUGGCUUGAUGGGACCUCUGCCGGAUGCGCAGUGGCAAGUUGAUGUCCAAAACUGGUGGGCUAUAUUUCUGGCUUCCCUCCAGGCUGGAGUAGUGGGAACAGCUCUUGCAUCUGUUGAUCCGGCGCUGGAUCCGUAUAAAAUUCCACCAUACAACUCUGAUUUACAUUCCAUGUGCAAGAAUCAAAAGAUCCGGAGUACGAGACACGUAUCUUUCAGUCUCUUCGGGCUCUAUUUCACUUACACCACAGGAAUUUUCAUCAUAAUCACAUCCUUCAUCAUCGAACCGAUUUUCACGUGCCUUUAUAAGCGUCGGAAGUACCAAGAAUACACAUACCUCGAGUGGGCUACAUCUGAAACUCUCCAGCUUCAACGGAUCGGCUUUCAAGGAAACAAUGACGGCACGUGGUCUGGCUGCACUGAUCCAGUCCCCAGAACCAAACCAGGCGAAAUGCUCAAAAGUCUAGCUGUGCGAUAUUCUUCUGAUAGUGAGAACAACUGUGAAUCUGGCAGCACAUCGAACAGGACCAACUUGGAUACAGCCGAUGGCUCUAUUGCCACUCAUGAAUAUCGAGACGCAGAGAUGAUCUCAUUGGACGAUUUCAUGGAUGUGUCUUCAUUCACAGACGGUGACUCGGCUUUGGAUCAGGCUGCCCAGAACUCGGAACAGAAUCACCACAUAUCUGCAGCACCACAAUAUCAUUUCAGGGGAGGGUGCUUCGGACAUAUCUAG